ACGGGGGCAGCGGACAUCCCUCCCUCGCGCCUCGACGCCCACUGGCUGAUCACCACGCGAUAGAGUGCGCGAGGAUGAGAGAUGGACAGCAGCGCGACACAGCAAUAACAGGAAACUCAGUGGCGCUUUCAACGCUGAUGCUCCCGGUGACCAGCGGACACCUCGACAACGCCGCCAUAUAACACCACAGGAAAGUGACCGAGCGGGGGAUGCGAGCCGUCUGACUGUUUUAUCCUGAAAGCAGAUCAGAAUAGAAAAGGGGGCUAUGGAUUCCCCUUCGGAUCGAUUUCAUCAGCAGCCUUCCCAGAUGUGUCCUUUUGAGCUGUAUCGCAGCCUGCCAGAUUCCAACCCCUCAGGCCACCGAUUUUCCCCCGGCAGCUUGUCUUCUCAUCCGCUCUUCUCCCCUCUCAUGCACCCCAAUAGCAUUUCCCAAAGGUGGGGCGGUUUCCGACAGCGUCAGGGCUUGUUCCCUGGACUUCUGGUUGAUGAUGAUGUAAGUGAGGAGGAUGUCUUUGGAAAGAGGGAGUUUGGGGCGACCUCAUCACAGCGUGGUUCUGGAGAACGGGGACAAGCUCCUGAGCCCUCCGACUGGGGACAGGAUUUUGCAAGAGUUAAGAGACUAAGAAUAGACUCUUCAGCUAGAAGCGAAGAUGAAUCAAUUAGAGAAGGGAAGAGAGGGAGAAAGAGUAGAUCUUCAUUUAGGAUGGACGAGAAGAAAGGAAUGGAGCAAGGCAACAGGAGGGAAAGCAGGGAAGGAAGGAAGCGUCAGCGCCAAGAACUGAAGCUUCAGCUGGAGGAAACCAAAGGGAAACUUCUCGAACUCCAGCGCAAAGUGUGGAGGGUGUACGGAGGGCAGGCGGACGAUGAGAAAGAUCAAGAAAAUGGAGGAAUCAAUCUGGAUGAGGUCGUGGAAAUGUUUUCUGACAGUGACGAUCCACUUGUAGGGAAUGGAUUUUCUCCUCCACGUUGUUCGUCUAAGAAAAACAAUGAAACCAACGGAAAUGGCAAUGCUGGGAUUUUUCCAGAGACCUCCGUGGACCUGGAUCUGGAGUUAAACAGUCAAGUGUGGCUGGGAUGCAGUUUGAUCAGGGGUGAGUGGGAGAGCGCAGAGGGAGGGCAGAAGUUUGCUCAAGCUCUGAAGCAGGAGCUUGCCAAUGUUGUUGCUCAGGUUAUUGACAGAGUUGUUCGUCUGUAUGCUGAAAGUGACCCAGAGGCAGUCUCAUCCACCCAGGAACCCAGGAUGGCUAUGGAUCUAAACUCAGACAGGAGGCAGAGACCUCAAGCUGUAGAGCAGGUAGAAGCUUUGCCACUCGUCACAAAGAGUCCUCAAGACAAAAGGGCCCCUGUAGCUCAAAGUGGGCACAAGGACCUCCUCCUCUCUCAAGCCAAUCCUAGCCUCGCUCCACUAGCCCAGCCGCCUCUCCCGGCACUUUUACCCACCAGGGGCAAAGAGCACUUCCUGCCCUCUUAUCCCCCAGACAACCCUGUUCACCUGCCCCUUCUUCAUUACACCAUGCAGAAUCUCUUUGCCCGCUCCCUCUCCAGUAUGCCUCUUCAUAAGGACUGCCUGUCUGAAUCUUUCAUGGACUUCCGUUCCCACAACUCUGCGUUCCCACCCCUCCCACUGCUGGGCCAGCUCGACCCCUCUCCAUCAGACAGAGCAAGGGAAGCUGGGAUGAGGGCAGGUGGUGCGGGAAUGGUGGAUGGUGCAGACGCAGCACUCUAUCUUGCUGCAGGGUCAUCCCAGGAGGGCCUUUCUCCGUGCCACUUGAAGAAAGCCAAGCUCAUGUUCUUCUACACGCGCUACCCCAGCUCCAGCACGCUGAAGACAUAUUUCCCUGACGUCAAGUUCAAUCGCUGUGUCACUUCCCAGCUGAUUAAGUGGUUCAGUAACUUCCGGGAGUUCUUCUAUAUCCAGAUGGAGCGCUUUGCCCGGCAGGCAGCCAGAGAGGUGCUUACAUCUGCCAGAGAAAGGGCUCUCCGCCUGGGCAGAGACACUGAGCUUUACCGCAUUCUCAACAUGCACUACAAUAAGAGCAAUGAUUACCAGGUUCCAGAGAGGUUUGUGGAGAUAUCUGAAGUGGCCCUGAGGGAGUUUUUCUCUGCCAUCCAGAGCGGUCGGGAUGCUGAUCCAUGCUGGAAGAAGUCCAUCUAUAAGAUCAUCUGUAAAUUAGACAGUCCAGUGCCCGACAGCUUCCGGCUGCCUGGCUGCCCCACGGACACUUACCGGAUGGGUUAAAGAGAGUUUAUCUACACACCCAGAAUGGUCAGCAGUUUAAAUAGAGGGCUUUAUUGCUGCCCACUUUUUUGCUGGUUCUGGAGGUAUUUGUCAUUUAUUUUUCCCAAAUAAAAGUCUUUGUCGAAGGGUUAUAAGUAAUUAGUUCACUCAAAAAUGACGAUUUACUCACUAUUUGCUCACCCUCAAGUGGUUCUAAAACUUUUAUGAGCUUCGGUUUUAUGUUAAAAACACAAGAAGAUAUAUUGAAGAAGGCUGAAAACCUCAUUUGAAAUCUAUAGUAGGAA